AGAGCUGUAGUCAUAUGAGAGCUGUAGUCAUGUGAGAGCUGUAGUCAUAUGAGAGCUGUAGUCAUGUGAGAGCUGUAAAGCUGCCGGCACAUGUGUUCUACCGACAGAGUGCAGUGCUCACAUGACAUGCGACUCACAUCAAUAGAGCAUGGAGUCGCAGAAUAUGAAUACGCUAACUAAGGGGACGGCUGAUUGAGAAGAUGGAAAGAAGCAGAGGUGGGCAGCUGGCGGCACCCUGCCUCCUGCGUGCGACUCCCUGAAUUCAGAAGGGGAACUUCAUCAGCCAAUAUUUCGGGAACCACAGCACCGAUUAUAAAUGAUCCAAAUACUAGAACCUCGUUCUCUUCCACGGUCUAUCAUGCCGGUUGAUGUCGCAGUGAGGAUAUGCUUAGCACAUUCUCCUCCAUUAAAGAGUUUUCUCAGCCCCUAUGACAGCUGCAGGGGGAGAAAUUUUGUGAAUCGGUUUAAGCCGCUUAGACCAUGUCUUUCUCUGAAGAAGGAAUCUGAUUCCAGGAACAAUGAGUGGAACCGAUCUAAAUCCCGAGCUAAAAAGAAAGUCGUCUUUGCCGAUACGAAAGGACUGUCCUUGACAUCAGUACAUGUGUUCUCAGAGUUUAAAGAAGAGCCUGCAGCUGACCUCCAGUUUGAUCUAAUAGAUCUUGAAGAUAUCACCGCUAGCCUAAAACUGCAUGAAGAAAAGAAUUUGAUCUUGGGAUUCACCCAGCCGUCAGCCGAUUACCUACAGUUUCGCAAUAAAAUCCAAAAGAACUUUAUAUGUCUGGAGAAUUGUAGCCUUCAGGAAAGGUCCAUUGCUGGCACCAUCAAAGUGAAAAAUCUCAGCUUUGAAAAAACAGUCAAGGUGCGAAUAACCUUCAGCACCUGGAAAACCUACAUGGAUAUUGACUGUGUUUACAUGAACAAUGUGUACGGAGGCACAGACACUGACACCUUUUCAUUUGCUGUAGACCUGCCUCCUAACAUUCCCAGUCAUGAGAAAAUCGAGUUCUGCUUAUGCUACCAGAGUGACGGUCAGGUGUUCUGGGACAAUAAUGAUGGACAGAACUACUCUAUAAUUCGUGCAGAGUGGAAAUCAGAUGGCGUGCAGACCAACACCUUGACUAAAACAGACAUAGCCUCCUACAAAUCCCAAAACAUCAAACCAGAAAAUGCUUUAGAUCAGUUUGGAAUCCCUAAAACAUCCCUUGGCUUAUUUCCCGAAUGGCAGAGUUGGGGUAGAGUAGGAAACACUUCCCCAUACUGGUGAACACAAUUCAUGGCCUUAUUGCUUUAUCAUUCAAAGGAUUUAAUGGUCUGUUGAGGACGGGAAGCACAUUAUAACCAAAUCCCACAUUAUGUAACAGCAUCAGAGCAGAACGUGAUCACUUUGAGAGUGUAAACCUAACUGAGACGACAAGCUUUGUCCUUAAGCAAAUUGUUAAGAGGCAAAGCACAUAUAAAUCCCUCAUCAGCCUGCAAUAGAGAACCUAUCACUCUCUGUACACAGACUAUAACCUACGUAUAUUGCUAUGUAGUGGUAAGGAAGGUACAAUGGGGACACCUAACCUUAGGAAUGUCGGAGACAUAAUUUAUGAGCAUAGAAAAGUGGUAUAAACUGACAAUAAGACUAUUGAGAUGUCUUAGACUUUCAUAAGUAUCUACAGAAUGUAGGUGGUUUGUGACAUGAUUGUUCAACCAAAGGGACCUUUGUCCAAUGUGUGAUGUUUUCAUAAACCAGCCCUUUUAUUAUUACUGAUGAAUUUUAAGGGUGAUAAGCUUAAAGUCAACUAAACAUAGGCCUACCAUAGCCAUAAAAUAUUGUACUUUAAGAUUACUUGUAGACUUUUAGUAGCAAUACUACAAAUCAGUAGAGCACUAUCUCUAAGCACUAGAGAGCCACCUUAAUUAUAUGUAAACAAGACUAAACUUACUCAACUUAUAUACAGGGAAAGAAGUUUUAGGAUCAGGUUAGAAAAACAUGGCAGAUUUUUUUCCCCAGAAACAGGACAAUGCCAAACCACAAAUGUUUGUUUGGAUUGGCAUUGUAGCUCCACCUCACUAAAUCGCAUGGAGCUGAGCUGCAAUACCACACGCAACCUGUAGAUGGGCAUAGCGUUUUUGAAAGGAAGCUAGCCUGUUUCUUUAAUCCUGUUCUGAUCAGUCGAAGAAGUGCCUUUAUAUUAUGCCAAAUUAAAUCUGCAUAAUUUUAGGUUGUAUUUUAGAUUUCCUUUUUUUCUGUUUUUUUUUUUUUUUUUUAUAUUGUGCCAUACAAAUGUAUACAGAAAAGUCAACUGGUAUGCCACCUUCUGUAAUAAUUGCCCUAUAGCAUCUUCCAAUUUUUUUUAUUGCAAAUUGGAAAUCAGUGUUAGAUUGGCACAUGAUUAGGUUUUUAAUAUGGAGAUUAUUAUUAUUGAAAAUAAUAUAAUUUGUAACAAUUUUACAUCUGCUGAGUGUAUAAAUGAAUUACAGAAGUUAUGGAAUCCAAAUCCUUCAUAUUGAAGGAAAAAAUGUCUGCACCUUUUUGUGAAUUUGGUAUUUAAUAGAAUUAUAGGUUCCUUAAAUAAAGGAUGGUUUGAUUGUAGUCUUAUGCACAUGCGUAGGCAAUCCCUUGAGAAACUUUUUUUCCCUCAAGAAUGUAAAUAUUUGUGUUUCGUUUCGAUAACCUUUUAAAGGUAUUGUUGAAUUUAUUCAUUACAUUUUGGUGGAUGACACUUUUUUUCAUCAGGGGCGUAGCUAUAGGGGGUGCAAGCAUAGCAGCUGCAUCCUUGCCCUAGUGCCUAAGGGGAGCCAAAGGUCCCUGUGCCUCAUAAGAAGACACCAGUAUUAUUAAUGGCACAUUAUAGGCAAGGGACCCUGUUGCACAUUUUUCAGUGGGGUCCAAGAGCUUCAAGUUACGCCUCUGCUUUUCAUGUCUGUUUCUGUGAAUGACCCUUCAGAACUUCAUUCUGUGCACUUUUUUUUUUUUAGAUUUUAUAGACUUUGCAAAGCCGUUUUUACUUUUGUAUUGUGUUUCUGGCUUGGAAGUAAAAUUUUUGGGGAAAAAAAAUGUAUUCCUGAUGAAUAUGUGAAAUGAACUGUGAUAAACUCGCCGGGAAUGACAGCCAUUUCCAAUGUUUGUAAAUGUCAGGGAAAUAUGAGUUUUUAAAACCUUUGUCACUUUAUAAGAGAGUAGCUGAAACUAUUUUUAUAUUACCGAGAGUUGAGUGUUAAGCAGCAUGAUGUUGAAUGGUUGUCAGGUAUGUUACCUACUGUAAAGGUGUGUCACUGUAUUAUACAAAUGUUUCCGUCAAUAAAUUAAGUUUUU